AGCCACCCUCCCUCAACCCGAAAAGCUGCCGUCGCCUCGUCUCGUCGCCCCGAAGCACCACACCACAACCACAACACACCACAGCGGGUAGGCCGAGAGCGCGAAUGGCGUCCCUGGCGCAGCACGUCGCGGGGCUGGCGAGCCCGCCGCUCUCCGGCGCGCCGCGGCGCCGCCCCGCGGCGCCCACGCGGCCGUCGGCGCUGGUGUGCGGGACGUACGCGCUCACCAAGGAGGAGCGGGAGCGGGAGCGGAUGUGCCAGCUGUUCGACGAGGCCUCCGAGCGCUGCCGCACCGCGCCCAUGGAGGGCGUCUCCUUCUCGCCCGAGGACCUCGACUCCGCCGUCGAGUCCACCGACAUCGACACCGAUAUCGGCUCACUCAUUAAAGGAACAGUGUUCAUGACCACUUCAAAUGGUGCAUAUGUUGAUAUCCAAUCGAAGUCUACUGCUUUCUUGCCUUUGGAUGAGGCAUGCCUUCUCGAUGUCAACCAUAUAGAAGAGGCAGGGAUCCGUGCAGGUUUGGUAGAAGAGUUCAUGAUUAUUGACGAGAAUCCUGGUGAUGAAACUUUGAUUUUGAGCUUACAAGCAAUUCAGCAAGACCUUGCCUGGGAAAGGUGCAGACAGCUUCAAGCAGAAGAUGUUGUUGUCACGGGUAAAGUAAUUGGUGGAAACAAAGGAGGUGUGGUAGCUCUUGUGGAGGGCCUUAAGGGAUUUGUUCCAUUUUCACAAGUGUCAUCGAAAUCAACUGCUGAAGAACUGCUUGACAAAGAACUACCUCUGAAGUUUGUGGAGGUCGAUGAGGAACAAGGCAGGCUUGUCCUCAGUAACCGCAAGGCAAUGGCAGAUAGUCAAGCUCAGCUUGGUAUUGGUUCAGUUGUCUUGGGAACUGUCGAGAGCCUGAAACCUUAUGGUGCAUUUAUCGACAUUGGUGGAAUCAAUGGCCUUCUCCAUGUCAGCCAGAUUAGUCAUGACCGUGUUGCGGACAUCUCGACAGUUCUGCAACCAGGAGAUACGCUCAAGGUUAUGAUUCUAAGCCAUGACCGUGAAAGAGGCCGUGUUAGUCUUUCUACUAAAAAGCUUGAGCCGACACCUGGUGACAUGAUUCGCAAUCCAAAGCUUGUUUUUGAGAAGGCUGAUGAGAUGGCUCAGAUAUUCAGGCAGAGGAUAGCUCAAGCAGAGGCAAUGGCUCGUGCUGAUAUGUUAAGAUUCCAGCCUGAGAGUGGAUUAACUCUCAGUUCAGAGGGCAUCUUAGGGCCAUUAUCAUCAGACACACCUUCUGAGGGCUCGGGAGAAGGGCAAACCACAGAUGAAUAGCUUCAAUAGGAAGAUUACGUCUGAGUAGAAAGCUGUGAUGGUAGCUCAUCAACUCAUUUUCCCACGAUCUAAAAGGCAUGAAGAAGACCUAUUGUAUUCCAACCAUUUCCCAUCUUCGAUCUGUGCUUGUAUCAAUCAAUGUGUAUGAAAGUAAAGUUACUGAAAGAAAUGGAUGUUGCUUCCCUGUUGUAAAGUUGUCCAACACUUGCAGAAAGGCCUCCCAAAGGCCCAAUUGUAGUUGGACUUUCAGUUCAGCA